UCACCAUCACCACCACCAUCACCAUCACCAGCACCACCACCAUCACCACCUCCAUCACCACCAUCACCACCACCACCACCGACACCACCACCACCACCGACACCACCACCACCACCGACACCACCACCACCACCACCACCGACACCACCACCACCACCGACACCAGUGUGGUGGGGGGUGCUUAGGAAAUGGAGACUGGAACCCAAUGCUGAGGGGACUCCCCAACCUUAG